AUGGCUCCCGAAGCACCGAGCAACAUCCGCGUCUUCAUACGCUGGCAUGAUCAGACUGUCUUCGCCGGCGAGGAAGUCAAAUGUACGAUUACUUUUAAGAACGUAGCGCCUACACCAGGCCAGGCGAAACCACCACCGCAACAAUCGGAACGAAGUCGACUGGCCUCACCCUUGCAUACCCGUCCCAGGUCAAACCAAGGCUUGACCCCUCCGCCGUCAGCAUCGUCAGGCAGAGGACACCGUCGCUCUGCUCUUUCAUUGAGCGUUCCUGCAUCUCAAUCGCAUAGCCGAACAGGCUCAGUCCAAUGGCCCUCAUCACCAAUUACAGGCGAUCGCCGUUUAAGCCACUCUCACAAACGUUCCGUUUCCAUUGUCUCGAUCGGAUCAAAUAAUACUGUAGAGGACCACACACAGCGCAAUGAUCUUCCAACAAGACCUCAAAGACCGCAUCGCGGUCACGGGCGCGCUUCAAGUUUACAGAUCCUUCCUCGAUCACAGGGCCAACUUCCGACUGGGCCUCAUUCCGCCUCUUUCUCCCCACACCGUCUUUCGAGUUCCCCAUUAUUUCACGCUUCAUAUCCUCCACCUGACCGAUUCGGACGAAUAUCUCGUUCGCCGACAAACUCUCAGACACCCAUUCGACGAGCAUCCCCGCUGGGAUCGCCCUCAGAAAACCCAAUGCCGGAAUUCCGCUUUCCUGCCGCGCCUUCGCCUACUCGAGAGCCACGCCCAACGUUAUCUAGAAGAUCAACGAACGAAAACAUGCUCAGCCCUAGGAAUGCUGCAGUUGAUUCGAGCGGAUUGGCAGUUCGUCUGAAGGAUGGCGUUCCUACUAUCAACGAACAAGCUGCCCCUGCCCCUGCAGCCCGGAUUUUGGCAAGUAGCGGAAUCCUAGGAGGAACGCCGAGGAGUAGCGGAGAAUUUUAUUCAGUCAGCAACAAUUCGUCAGAAACGCUGGUUUCGGAGUACGUGACACAACCGCCUAAUCGUGGGCAUGCACGACCACUCCGGCGAAGCCUUGGUAUGCCUGCGCCGCAAAUGAGAGCACCAGAAUCUCUCAUGAUGGGUUAUGCUCAGUUACAUGGCUCUUUCUCGCUGGACGGCUCAUUAGUCAGUCUUGGACAAUUCGAUCAAGUUAAAAAGAAGGGCAUUGUCGGACAGGGAGGCGGUGUUGUUGGACUUGAGUCCAAACGCGAUAGUAGUCUACUGGGAGGAUUCGGGUGGGGUCGCCUCAGCAGUUCACUCGGCGACUUUCUGGGUGGAGGGGAGCUCAGUACGAUCAAGGAGAUGCGUGGCGUUGCGAACUCCAAAUCUGUGCCUCUCUUGACGACACCACAGUCUAUUCUAUUCGUCGAUCUGCAACUGGCCCCUGGAGAGUGUCGCGUAUUCGAGUACUCAUUUCGACUACCAAAGGGUCUUCCUCCUUCCCACCGUGGAAAAGCUGUCAAAAUUUCCUAUAGCCUCGUCAUCGGCACUCAAAGGGCCGGCGGCACCAAGGAGCAACAAGUCAAAUCCGUCGAGGUACCUUUCCGAGUUCUGGGAAGUGUUAACAGUCACGGUGAGAUUUUGGGGCAUGAUCUGAUGAACCCUUACAUCCUACUACAGGAUCUCGCGCAAGUCAACAGUCCGCCAAGCAGUGAUAAGGUCAGUGAUAAGGCACUAAAGACCAAUGGUGACGGGACGAAAGGACAGCAAUCAGCGUUGAAUGACUUUUUGCUUUAUGUGGAUGACCUGGCUCAUCGACCAAGAGAUGAAAGUGGUAGUAUCUUGCUUUCUCCAGGUGCCGGUAACUCUAGGAGACCAUCAACAUACGAGGAAGCCAGUACUGCGCACGAAGCCAUCCAUAUGGCAAUUAUGCGAAGCAAUAUGACUUCUGGUGGGCAACAGAGCCCAAACCGUUUCGAAAUUGCCCGCAAUGGGCAGAGAGUUGGCGUGGUAAUGCUUACGAGGCCUGCCUACCGACUGGGCGAAGUGGUGACAAUGGCGAUUGAUUUUACAGAUGCGGAUAUCCCAUGUUACGCAGUGCAUACUACGCUGGAAACAUCAGAGAAGGUAGACCCGUCUCUCGCGAUAAGGUCCGAGUCGAGCAUCCAUCGAGUAACGCGAAAGGUUCACUCAUCAUCUUCUGAGGCAACAAUGUACUCACGGCGGGUCACAUUUAAGCCAACAAUUCCAAUCACAGCAACCCCAGAGUUCGUAACUAGUGGCGUUAGCUUAGAGUGGAAGAUCCGUAUCGAGUUUGUGGUGCCUUCUACAGGAAGCGAUUCUCCAGACGAGAACGAGAGACGCGCACCUCAUCCACUUCUUGAGCAGAUCUCACAAGAUGAAAAGGGAGGAACAGUGCUUGUGGCCGUUGAAAAUCUGAUAUGCGAGAGCUUUGAGAUUGCAGUACCCCUGCGAGUUUACGGAGCCGUUGGAACAGGACUUGAGCGUCUUGAACGAGAUGAAGCGUCCGAGGAAGGCCUUGUAGUAUAA